CCAGCGAUUCAACGCCCUGUUCCUGUAAGUAACCCUCCAUGGGAUGGUUUCCAAUAUGGCUGGAUGGGCCGUUCCGGCAGCUUCAUCUUUGAGCCACAUCCUAGCCCUUGCGGUCCCCGCGCCUCUCGCAUGUUUCCUGUGUCCCGCCCCGUAUCAAUCAACUUGCAAUAACAGAGAAAUCUUCGAGGGCUUAUUUUUUCUACUAUUUUGCGAAAUAAGCUUGAAGCGCUAUUCGUUUUUGAACUAUUUUCCUGCUCUAAUUUUCUAUGUUCUCUCAUGUCCUGCCCCGUUCUCUCGGUCAUCUGACAGCGAAAAAAGUGUUCAUCAUGAGCUUUAAGCUCUCAUUGGCGGCGUUCGCGGAACAAGCUAUGGAACAGCUUAUGUUACUCGAUGUUCUAGCCACCCAGCUCAACCACUUGAUUUACAUAUAUGCUUUGUAGUGCCCAACAAAUACCUAGAAACUUUUGCAUACUCGUCUUCGAGUUUUUUGUUGUACCUGUCUUUCCGGUUUCCUCUUAUAUUGAAAGAUCUCGGUUUAAGCUGAGGACAGGAUCCUUAUACAUAUCCCUACUAUCAUUAAUAACUUUGCCACCCCGACUGAAUCCUCCACAUAAGCUUCUACCAUGGAAUGCAGAGCUAACGGUCUAUCGAAAUCCGCAAAAUGGCUCCAGAUAUCCCCUCUAACCUUGGAUCUUCCUCUCUGCCAGAGCCUACAUUCCACAGCGGGUCUGCCUAAACAUAGAAAGGGUUUCACUAGCCCCUCCACCAUGCACAGGACCCCGCACGUGGGAAUUGUCGGUGCGGGCCUCGCGGGCUUGAGAUGUGCAGAUGUUCUACUUGAUACUGGCUUUCGAGUAACUAUCCUCGAAGCUAGGAAUCGAAUUGGCGGUCGCGUAUGCCAAAGCGACGUUGGCAAGUAUGAAGUGGAUGUUGGACCAAACUGGAUACAUGGGACACAAAACAAUCCCAUCGCAGAUCUCAGUAACAGUUCAAAAACUAUUACCCAUGCAUGGGGUGGUUUGCAAAAUGUUAUUGAUACAUCCGGAGAGCCUCUGGAUGGGAGACUGAUAGCAAGGAUUUCAGACUUUAUAUGGACGACUGUGGAAGAUGCAUAUGAAUAUAGUCGUCUGAACAAAGAAAUCAUUCCAGCAGACAAGAGCCUCUUUGACUUUAUUAAGGAGCAGCUGGAAAAAGCAGAGUUUUCGGAAGUUGAGAAGGAAAAAUGCAUUGAGCUGUCGAAAUUAUGGGGUUCAUACAUUGGGUCUCCAAUUGAUAGACAGAGCUUGAGAUUCUUCUUUCUGGAAGAGUGUUUAGAAGGGACCAAUCUUUUUGUGGCAUCCACAUAUAAGAAAAUCGUCGACUCAGUAGCUGCCGCUGCACUCAAACGCGCUGAAGUCCAUCUCAAUGACCCUGUGGUCAAAGUUGAAGCAAAACCCCGAGUUUCGGGUACGAACCACCAAGUUAGUGUUACGACAUCAACGGGGACCCAAUAUGUCUUUGAUGAGCUGGUAACCACGUUCCCCCUCGGCUGGCUCAAGCAAAAUAAAUCCGUCUUCCAACCGGCCCUGCCAGCCCAUCUCUCCAAGGCCAUCGACAACAUCUCAUACGGCCAACUAGAAAAGGUCUACAUCCACUUCCCCUCCGCUUUCUGGGAACAACAACCAACCACGGGCCCCACCACCAGCACAAAACACCCCCUAUCAGCCCUCCAAAAAUCCCAAACCCCACUUCCCGAAAUCUCCCCGUUCACCGAAUUCCUCUCCCCCACCUACACAAACCACCCAGUCACCACCCCCUUCUGGAACCAACAAUGCGUCUCCCUCUCCGCCCUUCCCAGCCCAUUUGCCCACCCAACCCUCCUCUUCUACCUCUACGGCCCCUCCGCCACCCAUCUCGUCUCCCAAAUCCACGCCAUGCCCCCCUCCUCAAAGGAAUACCACGACACAAUUAACACUUUCCUGCACCCCUUCUACUCUCGCCUACCAGGCUACGACCCCUCGUCGCCCAAUUGUCAUCCAACUGCCGUCCUCGCCACGCAGUGGCAAAAGGACCCCUGGGCGGGGAACGGCAGCUACUCGAAUUUCCAGGUCGGGUUGGAGCAGGGGGAUCGCGAUAUUGAGAUUAUGCGCGAGGGCAUGGGUGUUGAGCGCGGGGUGUGGUUUGCGGGCGAGCAUACGGCGCCGUUUGUGGGGUUGGGGACGACGUCGGGGGCUUAUUGGAGCGGGGAGGCGGUUGCGGGUCGGAUUUGUGAGUUCUUAGCUGGAACAGGUACCGGUGGAUAGCGGGGAGCUGGCGGGUUGCCGGGGUUAGAUUGCUUUUGAGGUCGUGAAUGGGUUUAAGUGGGGAUAUUUCUAGUUUGUGUGGGUAUUGGUGAUUUUCCGGGACGGGAUAGCUAGGUCAAUUUCGGUACCUUUGCUUGUGGCCAUGUUUUUU